AUGGCAGAUACUCUACAGCAUCAUUGGCCAUGGACUGGCCAUCGGUUCGAUGAUUUCAUAUCAAACAAGAAGGCAGACUACAUGGGCCUAUUGGCUCAAGCAACAGGAGAAUUGCUUGAGGCAGGUGAUGCAUGUCAUCACCGCCAACAAGAAUUGGGGAUGUUUGAUGGGUGUGUCCGAGUCCCUGGUCUCAAGAACUGCGCAAAUUGCCACAUAGGUGGCCGUCAUCUGCGAUGCAGCCUUGAAAGCGGCAUCCGAUCAAGCAAGACUUCUGUUGGUGCAACAGUACCAGCAUCAACAAACUUGACCAUCCUGGAGCAAAAUUACGAAAGGGCAAAAUUGGAGCAAGCAGAUCUCCUCAGGAUUCUCGAGCAGAAUCAGAGUGUGGUGGAUCACACUCAGAUUGUCCUUGAGCAAGCACUGGAGAUACUUGCAACAACGCAUCGCUUGCUAGACCAGAAAACCAAGGAGGUGAACGCCUUGGAUGAUGGAGUGAAGAAUGAGCUGAAUGAGCAGGAUAAUCCUACUUAG